GGGUCAGACGAAUACGCUCAAUCAACUCGCUCUCUCUCUCACACACACACUCUUUCCUGUACACUGCAGACGACUGGCUCGUUCUUGCCUCUUUCUUUUUGUCCCCAAGUACUUGUUCUUUCCAGCGACUGGAUCGCAUCCAAAUCUUGACUUUUUAUUUCAAACUUUACUCUCCUCUUGUCGCCAUGCUCCCCGAAGUAGCAGUCGCUAUCCUUGGCCUUGGUGCCUCAGUACUUACCAUCAGCUCGCCGGACGAGCUGUUCCAAUGUGAACCCGCUACUUUCUCCUGGACACCCAAUCUCGGACCUUAUAUCCUCAGCGUGACGCUAUCAGACCUCGCUCCGACAUUCAACCUGUCAAUGGAGGACCAGGAAGCUUGGGUAGACGGCGCAGAGAUGGUCAUCAGUAUUCCAGAGGCCAGUACAGCAACUUGGAUCGUGGAUCUCCCGGAGGGUCUCAACGUCACGACUCAUAUCAAGGAUGCAGAGGGACACAUUGCCAGUGGUUAUCCUAGAGUCAUCGGACCGGGCCACGGAGCGUGUUUGAUGGCCGCCGAAUGGUCAGAAUACGAAGACUGGGCUCGCACAGUAUAGGGUAGACUGUAGAUAACGAAUCACAAAGGACAUUUGUUUUCCAUCACAACAUCAACGGGCGGCAUGAUCUUUGAGAGAUCCUUUUGCUCAUCUGAUGCAUCUAAUUAUAUACGCAAUGUAGUCUGAUGCAAGCGUGUUACCAGCGC